UAUGAUCCGAUUAGAAAACGAGGUUAGACAAACCCAGAUCGAGGACUAGUGGAGAAUAGGAUUCAUAUUGGUUAAAACGUACCGUUUAAAGAGAAGCAGUGUUUCAGUGGUUAGGUCUUCUCUGUGCUAAGCUGCACCCUACACACACUGCUUCUUCUUUAUUCUAAUCCCAUCCUCUCUCUCUCUCUCUCUCUACACUUUCAGACGCAUCUCCCAAUUACUUUCCAACCAUGACGGACUUCAAACAAGAACAGGAUAUGGAGAUUGAAGCAUUAGAAGCUAUACUUAUGGAGGACUUCAAAGAAAUACACUCUGGUGAAAGUGGCCUAAGUACUUCCAAUCGGUGCUUCCAAAUAAAGGUUGUUGCGCAGGAUGACGACGUAGAUGGGCCAAUAACUAAUCCAGCUCAACUGGCUUUGAUCUUUUCACACACAGAAAAAUAUCCCGAUGAACCUCCACUUUUAAAUUUGAAAAGUUUGCAAGGACUAUCAACCGAAGAUCUAAGGAUUUUGAAAGAAAAACUUCAACAAGAGGCAUCUGAAAAUCUUGGUAUGGCUAUGAUCUAUACACUUGUUACCUCAGCUAAAGAGUGGUUGGCUGACCGGUUUUGUGAAGAUUCUGCUGCUGAGAUUAUUGAAGCAGAAGAAGCAGCCAAAGAUGAUAUAGUGAUACCCCACGGGGAACCAGUUACUGUUGAAACAUUUUUGGCAUGGAGAGAGAGGUUUGAAGCUGAACUAGCAUUGGAACGUGCCAAGCUAAUGCCAGAGGCUGCGCUCGCAGCUCCCAAGGAAAAGAAGCUCUCUGGUAGACAGUGGUUUGAAAGUGGAAGAAAGGUGCAGCUGCGGUUGCGGAGGAAUCUGACGAGGAGGAUGAGGAAGAUAUUGAUUUUGAUGAAGAUGAUUUUGAAGAUGAUGAUGAAGAGGAUAUGCUUGAGCAUUAUCUGGCUGAAAAAACUGAUUCAUCCACACAUUCUUCGAGGAGAGCAAGUUAAAUUGAAUAUGCCGCAUAUCGCAGUUUAUGACUUGCAUAUCAGGCAGAGUUUUACGGUUUGCCUCACUGACUGAGGCAGUUUCUGCCAUCUUUCUAGGACUGGAGCAUUUGGUUUUUUGAUAUUUAUCAAGUUACAAUGCAGAAGUGUUUGAUGUGUGAUAUUGUAAACACCGUUUGAUAUAAAAAGAUUUUUUUUUGGUUGUAGCCAUCAUCCUUGAAUUGUAUGAAAUCAGUAACACAUGGUUAAACAACUUUAUAACCCAAUUCGAAGUAGAAAUAAGAUGAUUUAUUUCAUUGUGAA